CGCGAAGAGGAGAGUCGCCGCCGCAGCCCGCAUCCUGGUAAGACCAUGAAUUAUGGCAUUUCUUAAAUGAAGCAUUCAGGAAUGAAGUGAAAAUCAUAACAUAUAGAAAAUAAGUGAUUUUUUAAGUUAUGUCUAUUAAUUUGACUAUAGAUAUAUAUAUUUACCUCCUUAGUAAUGCCAGAAGUCUUUGUGGGAAGCAGAGAAGCAAGCAACUGCAUUUCUUUUGCUCACCUAAACAUUACUGGAGGAUAAGCCACAUCAGUCUUCAAAGAGGUUUUUAUUCAAGCAAAAUAAGAUGUAAAUGGACAAAAAGUGAAGCACAUUCUUGCAGUAAACACUGUUACUCUCUCAGCAACCAUGCUUUACAUAUUGGAAUUUUGAAACUUAGUACUUCUGCUCCCAAGGGACUUACAAAAGUGAGCCUUCGUAUGUCCCGUAUUAAAAGUACUUUGAACUCUGUUUCAAAGGCUGUUUUUGGUAAUGAGAAUGAAAUGAUCUCACGUUUAGCUCAAUUUAAGCCAAAUUCUCGAAUACUAAGAAAAGUAUCAGAUAGUGGCUGGUUAAAACAGAAAAGCAUUAAGCAAGCUGCCGAAACGCUUAAAAAAUACAGUGACAAAUCAGCAGAGAAGAAUUCUUUUCCAGAAAAGAAAAGUAGCAUAGAUAAAGACAAAAGUAAAAAAAGCCUUUAUCAUUAUACAAGUAGUAUAACCACAAAAUUUGAAGAAUCAUUCUAUUUUUUAUCAAAUCAUAUUAAUUCAUACUUCAAACGUAAACAGAAGAUGUCUGAGAAGAAAGAAGAUAAACCUUUUCAGGACAAAUUAGAAGUUGAAGAUAAAAGCAUUGAAGUGAAAUCCAGUUCUCCAGAUCCUGGUGUCCAGAUUGAUAAGAAGCUAGACUCAGAAUCUUCUUUACCUACUGAGGACAAACCUGCAAGUCCUAGCAAGGCACCUGAGGUUCUUCCAGUUUCUACUAAACAAAGUAUUGCAAAUUUUCUUUCUUACCCCACUGAGGGUGUACAAGCUUUAGUAGGUGGUUAUAUUGGUGGACUGGUACCCAAAUUAAAGUCUGAUUCAAAGAGUCAGCCAGAAGAACCGGUAGAGGCCGCUAAAGCUGAGCAGCCUGUCAGCAAAGACAAAAAUGCAGAGGAGAGAAACCGUUUAUCUCUUCAGCGAGAAAAGAUUAUUGCAAGAGUGAGUAUUGAUAACAGAACUCGGGCAUUAGUCCAGGCAUUAAGAAGAACAACUGACCCAAAGCUCUGCAUUAACAGGGUUGAAGAACUUACUUUGCAUCUUUUAGAAUUUCCUGAGGGAAAAGGAGUGGCAGUCAAGGAAAAAAUUAUUCCGUAUUUAUUACGAUUGAGACAAGUUAGGGAUGACACGCUUCAGGCUUCGGUUAGAGAAAUUUUGGCCUUAAUUGGCUAUGUGGAUCCAGUGAAAGGAAGAGGAAUACGAAUUCUUUCAAUUGAUGGUGGAGGAACAAGGGGUGUGGUUGCUCUCCAGACGCUACGAAAAUUAGUUGAACUUACUCACAAGCCAGUGCAUCAGCUCUUUGAUUACAUUUGUGGUGUAAGCUCAGGUGCCAUAUUAGCAUUCAUGUUGGGAUUGUUUCAUAUGUCCUUGGAUCAGUGUGAGGAACUUUAUCGAAAAAUAGGAUCAGAUGUCUUUACACAAAAUAUCAUUGUUGGAACAGUCAAAAUGAGUUGGAGCCAUGCAUUUUAUGAUAGUCACACAUGGGAGAAUAUUCUAAAGGAUAGAAUGGGAUCCUCACUAAUGAUUGAAACAGCACGAAAUCCCACAUGCCCUAAGGUAGCUGCUGUAAGUACUGUAGUAAACAGAGGGAUAACACCUAAAGCUUUUGUGUUCAGAAACUAUGGUCAUUUUCCUGGAAUCAGUUCUCACUAUUCGGGAAGCUGUCAGUAUAAAAUGUGGCAGGCCAUUCGAGCUUCAUCUGCUGCUCCAGGCUAUUUUGCAGAGUAUGCAUUGGGAAAUGAUCUUCAUCAAGAUGGAGGUCUGCUUCUGAAUAACCCCUCAGCGUUAGCAAUGCAUGAAUGUAAAUGUCUCUGGCCAGAGGUCCCAUUAGAGUGCAUCGUGUCCCUGGGUACUGGGCGCUAUGAGAGUGAUGUGAGGAACAACGUGACCUACACCAGCUUGAAAACGAAGCUUUCGAAUGUCAUCAACAGUGCUACAGACACAGAAGAAGUCCAUGUAAUGCUUGAUAGCCUAUUACCGCCUGACACCUAUUUUAGAUUCAAUCCUGUAAUGUGUGAAAACAUACCUCUCGAUGAAAAUCGAAACGAAAAGUUGGAUCAGCUGCAGGUGGAAGGUAUGAAGUACAUAGAAAGAAAUGAAGAAAAAAUGGCAAAGCUUGCAAAAAUCCUAAGUCAAGAAAAAACAACUCUGCAAAAAUUUAAUGAUUGGAUAAAACUGAAAACAGACAUGUAUGAAGGUCUUCCAUUCUUUUCAAAAUUGUGAUGAGUGCAUAUAAUAUUGUCAUAAAUGAAGUACUGUUUAUAAAAGCCACCAAAUUAAAUAACGAAUUGUGGGGUUCCGCAUGAUUAAUUGUGAAAUACUUGGGAAUUCUGGAAAAGACAGUGCUUGGAUCAGCUUGCACAUCACAAAAAAAGGUAUCCUGGAUUAUAAAAUUCUUACAGGAAUUGGAUUUUUAUGACUAGGCUUUAGGAAUUUUAUUGUGCUAGUUGUUUUUAGUAGAUAUUGGUGUUAUAUUGUUUGAUGUUUGAAAAUUUGCUAAUAUAUGUGCCAAACAAGACCUGAAAACUAUCAUAUUAUGCUUUGUAUUUUUGCUUUAUUCGCCAUAAUCAUGUUGAAAUUAUUUGCUCAUUGAUUAUCUUAUGAAAAUCCACCAGUGGAAAAGCUAAUUUAUUUUCAAAUUUACAUUGUUUAUUUUUUUCACUAACUACACACAAAUGUUACCUUUUACUGCAAUAUCUAAACGUAUACAGAAAAGUGGAAUUUUCUCUAUCAGAGAACUUUUACAUUUAAAAUAUGAAAGAACCAGAUACAGUUUUCUAUUCAAAAUUUGCUUAUUUCAGCAUUGUUUGAUUGAAAAGACUAGGUGAAUUUCCAACCACAUUUUCCUCCUGAAAUUUCAAAAUAAUGUUGUAUGUUAACUUUUCUAGCUCUAGCUUAUCAUUCACUGUUAUAAAAUUAUUUGAAUUUACUGUGAAAAUACCCUAUCAUUAACAAAAAUAAACUAUUG